AUGAGGGAUGGCGGCGGCGGCGGCAACAGCAAGAUGAGCAAGCUGUCGUGGUCCAAGAGCCUGGUGAGGAAGUGGUUCAACAUCAGGGGCAAGUCCCAUGACUUCCAUGCCGAUGCUGCAGCAGUUGGAACUGGGAGUGGGAGGUCAGGUGGAGGGGACGAUGAUUGGAUGGAUGGCAGCUUCACGAGGAGGGACUCCUGCGCCACCAAGAAGAGCAGGACAGAGAGGGCGUCGCGGAGGAGCCACGAGCGGUCGCGGCGCAGCAAGAUUGACCUCGACGCCGCCGAGGCCACCGUCAUGCUCGACUACAGGAUCUUUGCUGCUACAUGGAAUGUAGGUGGCCGCGCGCCGCUGGGGUCGCUCAGCCUCGACGACUGGCUCCGCACCUCGCCGCCCGCCGACAUCUACAUCCUCGGGUUCCAAGAAAUCGUCCCGUUGAACGCCGGGAACGUCCUCGGCGCCGAGGACAACGGCCCCGCGAGAAAGUGGGUGUCGUUGGUCAGGCGGACUCUCAACAGCCUGCCGGGAAGUGGCGGCAGCGGGAGCCUGCAGACGCCGUCGCCGGCGCCGUACCUGGUGGCGGAGAUGGACGCGGACUUCGAGCGGUCGACGCAAAACAACCCCUCCUUUUUCCACCGGCGGUCGUUCCAGUCUGGGCUCAGCCGGAGCAUGCGGGUGGACGACGACAUCCUCGCCGGCCCCGGUCCCGCCAGGCUCGAGCGCCGGUACAGCGUCAACGACCGCGUCAUGUACGGUAGCAGGCCCAGCGACUAUGAGGCCAACUGCCGCUGGGGCGGCGGCGGCGGUCAGUCCGACGACGAGAAUGAUCAUGUUGGCGGCGGCGAGUCGCCGAUCACGGUGUUCUCUCCGAUGUCGCACGGAUACGGAAAUGCUCAGCCCAUGGAAGAAUGCAGCGGAUCAGCCCGUGGCCCUGCUAGGUACUGCCUGGUUGCAAGCAAACAGAUGGUUGGAUUGUUCCUGAUGAUUUGGGCUCGGAAAGAGAUGAAGAAUGACAUUAGAAAUCUGAAGGUGUCCUGUGUUGGGAGGGGAUUAAUGGGCUAUCUUGGAAAUAAGGGUUCAAUUUCCAUCAGCAUGGUUUUGCACCAAACAAGCUUCUGCUUUGUCUGCAGUCAUCUGACAUCGGGUCAGAAGGACGGUGACGAACACCGCAGGAACUCUGAUGUAAUGGAAAUCCUAAGGAAGACCAGGUUCCCUAGGGUUUGUGGACAGUAUGAGAGAUCACCGGAAACUAUCUUGGAGCAUGAUCGGAUAAUCUGGCUUGGGGAUCUCAAUUACCGGAUCGCACUUUCCUACCGAUCAGUGAAAGCGCUUGUAGAGAUGCGUAACUGGAAAGCAUUGCUGGAAAAAGAUCAGCUGACAAGGGAGCAAAGAGGUGGCCGUGUAUUUCCUGGCUGGAAUGAGGGGAGGAUAUACUUCCCACCAACCUAUAAAUACUCCAACAAUUCCGACAAAUACGCAGGAGAUGACAUGAACCAGAAGGAGAAGAAGCGAACUCCAGCAUGGUGCGACCGCAUUUUGUGGUAUGGGAGGGGCCUUAGCCAACUCUCGUAUGUUCGAGGAGAGUCUCGUUUCUCGGACCACAGACCUGUCUACAGCAUGUUCAUUGCAGAAGUGGAAUCGAUCAAUCACAGCCAGAUUCAGAAGAUGAGUUCUUGGAGCUCCCAGCUGGACAUAGAAGAAUUGCUGCCCUACUCAUAUGGAUACACUGAAAUUGACCAUUAUGGAUAUACUGACCUCAAUUUCUACUGA